AUGGAUAUCCGCAUUUCGCCGGCGACGGUCGAUGAGAUUCCAAAAAUCUUGGAACUCACUCAAAAGUCCCGCGCAGACAUGUUCCCGCACCUAGACGAGCAAUGGCGCGCAAAGAAGGCCGAGCAAGAUCUUGCCACGUUCAAAGAGACCUUUUUCAAUCAUCCAGAAGGCGCUUUCUUAAUCGCUCGAUCUAACGACGAAAUCAUUGCAACGAUUGGGUAUCAGCCCUACGACCACCGGUUCCCCGAGCUCACUGUGCGACCCGAUAAUGUCGUUGAAGUUGUGAGGCUCUAUGUUCUUCCGGCUUGGCGACGCGGAGGGUUGGCCUCGAGAUUGGUUUCAGCGCUGGAGAAGACGGCGAGGGAAGCGGGCAUCAAACAACUGUACCUCCACACUCAUCCCUUUCUGCCGGGGGCGAUCAAGUUUUGGGAACGUCAGGGCUUCGUAGUUUUGACCGUUGAUCUGGAUGAUCCGGUUUGGCAAACGACACAUAUGAGCCGGGACCUCGACGAAUGA